UCAACUCCUAUGUUGUUUGUUGUGCUGUGUGCAGUACGCGUCAGGUGUGAAAUUGAGAAGCAUCAGACUAACCUUUUAAACUGUGAUUUUUCAAAAAGUACAGUGGAGAAAGAGAGUAUAGUAUAGAGAAAUAUAGUAUUACCAUAGACUCCAGUAAAAAUGUCAGGCGCGCCAAAACUUUCUCAAGCCGAGUAUCUAAAAAAGUAUCUGUCAAAAAAUGGAGAUGAUAAAAAAAAGAAAAGAAAAAUUAAGGUUAAGAAAACAGUUAAAAUUAUUGAUGAUGAUAUUGAUGAUUUCAAACACUUGAAGAAUAUGGGUGAAGAAGAGAUUAUUUCUUCACUCAUGUCACAGGAAGAUGCUCCACAAAUUGUAAUGGUUGAUGAUCGUGGGCCGACAGAUUUUAGCAACAAACAGAGAUGGAAGCAAAUCGCAGCAGACUCAAUAGAAGAAUCUGAAAGUCAAGUUCAAAAGAAAGAAAUAGAUAUUGACAAUCAUAAAAAAAGGAGUAACAAUUCUGACUCUGACAUGAGCCCACCAAGAUCUAAUAGUAAUAAGGAUCAUGAAUACAGCAGGACUUCUCACAAAAGAGUAUCAAAAGAGGAGAAUCACAAAAGGAGUAGAAAAAAUAAUUCUGAUUCGGAUCUAAGCCCUCCAAGAGCUAAAGGCAAAAAGACUCAUGAAGACAGCAGGACUUCUCACAAAAGAGUAUCAAGAGAGGAGAAUCACAAAAGGAGCAGAAAAAAUAAUUCUGAUUCGGAUCUAAGCCCUCCAAGGUCUAAAGGUAAAAAGUGUUACGAAGACAGUAGAACCUCUGAUAAAAGAUCAGCAAGAGACAAGAGAAAAAAUAGUUCUGACUCAGAUCUAAGCCCGCCUAGAUUUAAAUCAAAAGAAUAUCAAGAGAGGAGAAAUAAUUCUGACUCUGACUUGAGUCCACCAAGAUCUAGUAGUAAAAAGAGUCAUGAAGAUGGCAAGGUAUCGUUCAAAAGAAAAUCAGGUAGAGAGAAUUACAGUAAAAACAGAAAUCAUUCUGAUUCUGAUUUAAGCCCUCCAAGGUCUAAAGGCGUAAAGGCUUAUGAAGACAGCAGAACUUCACACAAAAGAAUAUCAAGAGAAGAGAAUUACAAAAGAAGUAGGAAAAAUAACUCUGACUCAAAUCUAAGCCCUCCAAGGUCUAGAGGCACAAAAAGUUACGAAGACAAUAGGACCUGGGAUAAAAGAUCUGCAAGACACAAGAGAAGAAAUAGUUCUGACUCAGAUUUAAGCCCACCUAGAUUUAAAUCAAAUAAUAAAUCUAAGUUGAUUUCCUCAAGAGACGCUGAAAAGGAAAGGGAACCUAAAAAAAUGAAAAAAACCUUAGAUGGUACAUCAGCUGGCCUUCAAAAUAUCAAAUCUUUGAAAGAAGAAGAAGAAGCUAAGAAAAGACGUGAAAAUGAAAUGAUGGAAAAAAUGUCACGAGAAAUGAGUGGCUAUGGUCAAUCUACUGUUGUUCGUGAUAGAAAAACAGGUAGAAGAAGAAAUUUGGAAAGAGAAGCUGAAUAUCAUCAUGAGAAGCAGCAAGAACAAGAGGAAAUAAAUGCUAAAUAUGCACAAUGGGGUCGGGGGUUGAAACAAUCUGAUGAUCACAUGAGUAAACUUCAACAAGAUCUGAAAGAGAUGGACAAACCUCUUGCAAGGUAUGCAGACGAUGAAGAUUUAGAAAAAGAAUUAAAAAGUCGUGACAGAGAUGAUGAUCCUAUGUUGGCCUAUAUAAAGGAAAAAGAAAUUAAAGAAGGCAAAAGAGCACCAGAUAAACCAAGCUAUUCUGGCUCAUUCAUGCCCAAUAGGUUUGGUAUUAAACCAGGUUUCAGAUGGGAUGGAGUGGACCGAAGUAAUGGGUAUGAAAAGAAGUGGUUUGAACAACAAAACAAAAAGAAAGCAGUUGAAGAUGAAGCUUACAAGUGGAGUAUUGCAGACAUGUAAAUUAUCUCCAAAUAAUAAGCAGUGUAAAUAAUGUACAUACAAUUAUUAAAAUUAUCUUUUUUAAAGAAUAAUAAUUAUUUGUUGUUAUUCGA